AGUACAAGCCUGGUGAUGGCAGCGCAAUGAUGUGGUCUUCUGCGCCACUGGUGCUUCUCACGCUUCUCACGGCCUUGGUUAGCCCCGCUCAGGUCACCGCUAAAAAUCGCCCGUCUCGUGGCCGAGGAAGCAAUUGGUGGGGGAUCGCGAAAGCGGGAGAGCCGAAUAACCUGCUACCCUUGUCACCAGGAAUGUUGAACAUGGAUCCGUCGGUGCAUUCGAGUCUCAGACGGAAGCAGAGGCGACUAGUGAGAGAGAAUCCAGGUGUUCUCGUUGCCGUGUCCAAAGGUGCCAACCAGGCCAUUCUCGAAUGCCAGUUCCAAUUCAGAAACAGGAGGUGGAACUGUUCAACAAGAAAUUUCUUCCGGGGGAAAAAUCUAUUUGGAAAAAUUGUGGAUAGAGGGUGCAGAGAGACAGCGUUCAUCUACGCAAUAACGAGUGCAGCAGUGACGCACGCGGUGGCACGUUCGUGCAGCGAAGGCAGCAUAGAGUCGUGCACGUGCGACUACAGCCAUCAGGCGGCGGCUCCACCCAGUCCCAGCCCAGGGCCAGGGGGAACAGGCAACCUGGUGCGCGACUGGGAGUGGGGCGGCUGUUCCGACAACAUUGACUUCGGAUUCAAGUUCUCCCGCGAGUUCGUCGACACUGGCGAACGGGGGCGAAGUCUCAGGGAGAAGAUGAACCUUCACAACAAUGAAGCAGGGAGAGCGCAUGUGGUAGCAGGCAUGCGCCAGGAGUGCAAGUGCCACGGCAUGUCAGGCUCUUGCACGGUGAAGACGUGUUGGAUGCGACUGCCGAACCUGCGUGCGGUGGGCGACAGCCUCAAGGACCGGUUCGACGGCGCGUCACGGGUGAUGGUCGGCAACGCGGGCAGCUCACGGGUCAACGCCGGAAGGAAGAACAGAUACAACUUCCAGCUGAAGCCCUACAACCCAGAGCACAAGCCGCCCGGACCCAAGGACCUCGUCUACCUGGAGUCGUCACCCGGCUUCUGCGAGCGCAACCCGCGCCUUGGCAUCCAGGGCACGCACGGUCGCCAGUGCAACGACACGUCGAUCGGCGUCGACGGCUGCGACCUCAUGUGUUGUGGGCGUGGCUACCGGACUCAGGAGGUGCUCGUCACCGAGCGAUGUCACUGUACCUUCCAUUGGUGUUGUGAAGUCAUCUGCAAAACCUGUCGCAGCAAAAAAACCGUCCACACGUGUCUGUGAACUGUGAACUAUGCGCAUUUGCGAAAACCGCCAACCUCGUUACCCAUACCCACAGCGUAUAUUUAUUUGUAAAUUUUAGACUAGGAUUAACCACUAUUAUUUAUUUUCUAGUUUUGUAAGAGACGAACUGAUUUUUACUUCUACGCAAACGCAAGCUGAAAUCCUCUUAAUCUUCAAAAAAUUCACAUCGCCAACCAGAAAAAAUCUCUAAUUUGGUCGAACAAAUUUUCCUAAUUCACAAAUGUAAUUAUGUUAAUUUUGAUAUGAUCCUGCUAUUUAAAAUAGUGACUUGUGAUGUAAGAAUUGACUAUACUCUUAAUACAUUCAUGGUCUUUAGAUAUCUUGCAUAAAUUGAUAUACUGGUUAGGGUGAUUUAAUUGUUGUCGAAUUUACUAAACAAAAUAUAUAUCGGUUACGUUCUUAGUACACGUUUCAUGGUCUAAUAGUCAGUGUUGAAUGAGGGUGAAAAAAUCUAUGCUCUUAUGCUUUAUGGUUUAAGUUAUUAUCAUUCACAGAUGCUUGGAUCAUUACAAUAAUAAUUAAAAUUGAUGUAUUAUUCAGCAGAAAGGAUCACCUAUCCGAAUGUAAUCAUACAUCCGGGAUUAUAUAUAGGCCUAUCUCUAUGAGUUGUGAUUUUCAAGUAUUGAAGUGACUUGAAAUUUUCUUGUGAAUUAUAUUAGAAGAAGGAUUUCAGCUUUUAUUUCCAUUCAGACUGUUAGAAAAUGUAUUUAUUCUUGUUGUACUCCAUUACAGAGAACUGAGUGAAUGUUUGUACAUAGACUGAAAUUGAGAUGAGAAUAUUACUAAUUUAUGUGCGAUUAUGUUGAUGUUGGAAUUUUUAAGAGUGAACUAAUUUCAGACAUAGACUAUAAUGUAUUGUAAAUAAUAAUCAGUAUUAUGAACCAACAUAUUUUUGUAAAUUUUAUUAUUGUAAGUAGUACCUGGAAUAUGUGUGUUUUUGUAAUUCGAAUGAAGUGAUUAGAUGUAUUUGAAGAUAAUUAGUUUCAGAAAAAUUAUUCAACUAAGUCUUCCACUUUCUCAUUCGUGAAUAAAUUCAUAGUUUACUCAUUUUAUCUUUUUCCAAAUACGAGUACCAAAUUGAAUUUUAACUUUUUAGUUUUAUAGUCCUGACACUAGUUUUAAGAUCAAGAAAUUUUAAAUUAUUAGAUCGCUGAAAAUAAAAUUAUCUGAAUUAUACCAUAGCUCAUUCUAAUCAAAUCAUAUUCAUAUCCUGUCAAUUUUUAUUCUUGAUGAUUGUUCAUUUUAUUUAAUCUGGAAAUAGUGAGAGUUUUAUAGGCUCCGCUGUAAAUUUCUGUUCAUGUUAUUCAUAAAUUCCUUGAGGACAAUUUCUAUAUUCUUAAAGAUUCAUCACAAACGUUAAAAUUACAACUCAAUUUUCAAUGGUGAAUAUUUGAAUGUUAUGUUGUAAGUAUGCAGAGUCAAUCACUAAUAAUAAAGACGUUAAUCAACAAUCAAAUAAUCAAUUGUCACAGAGUACUCAGCAAUAAUGAUAAUAAUACUGAGUACUCAGACUCGUAAUCGUACUGAUAAAUACAUUUUGAUAUGGAACAAUAAUGUUCUAUGAAUCUACAUUUUGAACUUUUCUCCAAUCAAAAAACUUCUACCAAUAGAAAAAAUAUGUAAAAUGUUACGUGAUUCGUUUUGCUUUUCACUUGGAAGUAUUGAAAGUGAAUUUUUCCAGUACUUGACUGUUUCUGGUAGACACCAAGGUACCUAGAAUAGAUGUAUUUUAGGUACAUUGGUAUAUGCUGUAGCCUACUUCCCAACCUUUAUCAGUCGACUUGUUGCGUUAUUCCCUUCAAACAUACAAAUCAGUUUCGCAACAUCUGAGAGUGAUAACUUUCAUUAUUGAAAUUUGAUAUAAAAGUGGGAAAUUAUUCAUUCAGUACAGGGUACUUAAUACUUCUUGUAGCUUUUCGGCUUAUUCACUAGCUGGAAUUUUAUUAAAAACAUUAUAUUUACAGCCUUCCACCAUACAACUUGAGGUUGCAUACUAUUUUAUACAGCAAAUUGCAGUAAGACACUUGAAUCAUAAAGUCAUUUUCGCCUAUUCCACAGCCAUCAAGAAAAUAAUCAUUUAUCUAUUCGUUUUUGCUUUCUAUAAUGUAAUCUAUUAUUUAUUUUGCUUGUAUGCCUGAAUAUGACUUUUAAAGGAUCUUCCAAUUUAAUGAAAAUGAAUGUGAUUUCCUAGUUUAUCUUGUGGAGUAAUCAGGAGGAAUGUAGUAGAAUAGUUUUGUUCAUGCCAUAAUAUCAUAAACAAUGCUAGUAGAGCUUAUACCAGUAGUAGAGUAAUUGAGAUGUUGAAAUUCUAUGUUUUGUACAAAUAAAAGAUAUUCCUAUUA